AUGUCAACCGACCAACCGCCUCUUUAUACCAUAACUCGCACGCGUGUUCACGCUUCUGCGAUUAUUGUCCCGCACUUGACUCCCUUCAUUCGCUUCUUACGGAAACCGCAAGUUGUUGAUUACGUAUCCAAACUACUAUCUAACUUCUUUUUCUUCUUCUUCUUCUUCUUCUUCUUCUUCUAUCUAAGCAAAAAAAAAAUCAGCUGGAGAUUAUCUAUCUAUCUAUCUAUCUAUCGUUUGUAUUAUUACAUUAAUACAUUAUUUUCCUAUAUUCAUUCUUGGCGUUUGUUAUUUAUUGGUACCGGAUUUCAUCCCGGAAUCCACAACACUAUCUAUCUAUCUAUCUAUCUAUCUAUCUAUCUAUCUAUCUAUCUUACAAGGAAUCGGACCAUAACACUAUCUAUCUAUCUAUCUAUCUAUCUAUCUAACUUUGGUUGUGUUAAUAUUUUUAUCUCUCUUUAUCUAUCACUCUCUUUCAAUGUAUUUUCCCUACAUCUUACCGACUACUAUCUAUCUAUCUAUCUAUCUAUCUAUGACUUAGAAAAUGGCGAAUUUAGGAUAAGUAGUCAAAGUUCGAAACCGGUUUUUAAUGACAACACAUUUGGCAUGAUGUUUGAAAGUUGGUCGGGCAGAGAACGUUUUAGCAGCCCUUACCUAUCUAUCUAUCUAUCUAUCUAUCUAUCUAUCUAUCUAUCUAUCUUAUAA